GUAAAAAAAAUCGUGAUAACUCAGCAUCAGCUGAUCAUUGUUUUGGUUUAGUCGGAUUUCCUCCGAGCAACUUUUUAUCAUUUUGUCCUCAGGAAGUUUGCAACAGACUACGAUAGUCAAUUGAGAUUUAAGCCUUACUUUGUCUCGUCUAAAAAUCGACUUUAGAUGUAGCAUAAAUAAAAGCCAGCAUUUCGCGCCUCCACUAAUUCGAAUUUAACCUAUGAAAGCUGCGAACACGUUCCAGACCGGCCUGUGAAUGGAGGCAAUAUUGAAAGAGGACACCGCACUCCCUGGGACCCCAACCAAACGUAUUUCCGGCUUCGGGAAGUUCGCCUUGGCGGUUACAGGUGGUAUUGGUUUAGGACUUUCUGUUGUCUGCUAUUCGUUUCUGAGUCCUGCCUUUCGAAAGCAUUGCUUACCAUAUGUUCCUGCAACUACCGAACAAGUGAAAAAUGUAUUAUCUGUCCUGAAGAAAAACGCUCCGGGGAAGUUACUGGACAUCGGAUCAGGAGACGGAAGGAUAGUAAUAGCCGCUUGCAAACAUGGGAUUGAAUCACAUGGAGUCGAGCUAAACCCUUGGUUAGUCCUAUAUUCAAAAUUAGACGCAUAUCGACAAGGAGUGUGGAGUAAAACCAAAUUUUUCAAAAGAGACCUCUGGAAUUUUAAGCUUGAUCCUUAUGAUUACAUAGUUAUUUUUGGAGUAGAGAAAAUGAUGACCGACCUGGAACAUAAAAUUUCAAAAGAAGUGCGGCAAGGAAGUAAGAUUAUCGCAUGUCGGUUCCCUCUCCCAAACUUAGUACCAGAUAAGAUAAUAGGUAGCGGUGUUGACACAGUAUGGCUGUAUAAUAUGAACAAAUAAACUUGUUUAUAUUUUCGCCCA